AUCAUCAUCAACAUGGAUAACAAAAUGGAAAAUGAAAAAUUUAAUAAUUUUUUUGAUUUUGAAUUAUUAAUGCAAAAAUAUCAAUCAAAACUAUGGACAAUUCCAUUUAUUGGUGGUAUAUUAUUGUUUAUUUUAUUAAUAUCUUGUUAUUUAAUAACAUCAUUUGUACGUGGUUAUCCAUUAAUUUGGUUAGUCAGUGAUAUUGGUGGUUCAUCACCAGUAGCCGGUUAUUUUUCACAAGGUGUCGAUAUAUUUUGUUUAAUGUUUAUAUUUAGUGCUUAUCUUCGUUGUAAACAAGUGGAAUAUUAUAUUAAACGAAUUAUUAUACGAUCCGAUAAUCAACAAGUUAAUAAUCCAAAAAUGAUUAAAAAAUUACAAGAAAAAAAUUAUCAAUCAUUUAUUAGUGCAAUUAUUUGUUCAAUUGGUUUUAUGAUGAUUGCUAAUUUUAAUACAUAUGAACAUUUUAUUGAACAUAGUAUUGCUACUGGUUUUAUGUUUGGUAUAAUAUUUUUUCUAUUAUCACAGACAUUUAUUGCCGAAAAACUUUAUGAAUGUAAUCAAAUUGAAAGUAGACCAAUUUCAUUAAAAAUUGUAACAUAUAUUAUUACAUUUGGUUGGCCAUUAAUAACAGCAAUAUUUGUUUGUUCAUUAUUAUUGAAUGGUUCAUUAUUUGAUUGGUUUAAAUUGGAACAACGUUUAUAUUGGCCCAGUGAUUCACCAAGUUAUCAUUUAUAUCGUUUUGGUGUUAUUAUUGAAUGGUUAGUUAUAAUGAGCUAUUCACCUGCAUUAAUUAUUUUAAGUUAUCGUAUGCGUUCAUUUAAACAUUGGAAUCUUAUUUUUUAUUAGAAAAAAAAA